AUGGAUGAAACUCCAAAGGAAACGAGCCGUGAAUUUCCAAUCGGCCCCGAGACGCAAUUAACGAUGGAUUAUGGUACGUAAAAUGCGAUAAGAAAUGUUAACCGUUUUGUUGACGUCGGUUAAAUAUAAAUGUUGUUAAAAUGUACGUUCAAUAUCCCACUACGAGGAGUUAAGAACGCUUUAAAGUGGUAUUUAGAUAUCUUAACAGUAAGCGCUCUAUAAUUUCAUAAGUUGUAACCGCCAUUGUGUAAACUUCAGCUUUCCUCGUUUUCACAGCGAUUUUUCAGGGCGUUGUAAAGUUUAUUCACCUUAAGCCUAAAGUUUUAAAUGUUAUGGUACUUUCUGCUUCGACGCACACAGAACCGAUAGAAACGUGGUAUGGAUGACUGCACGUCAAUUUUUGGUGAGAACGCUCAUUAAGGGAUGUUCACUGAUUUAUCGGAGAUAAAAUCGCUCGUUAGCUGACUGUACCUAAAUUACUCUUUGAUAAAACGAUUGUAAGAUAACUGAAGGAGGAACGUUUAUCAUAAAUUUAUUUUGAAAAAGCUUGUUAACGAGUAAUUGCAAUUUUCUUGUCACUUGAUAUUUUGCUUAAGUAAAAUUUCCGCACAGCCCCUUACCACAUUAUGUAUUCAGUUCUUGAACAGAGCAAACAAUGACAAAAAAAAUACAUUGCCCUUGGGAAAACAGAUUUGUUUUACAAUAGUAUGGGGCUGUGCGGAAACUUUACCUUUGCUUAAGACGAUGUUUAUUCAUUUUCUGGUAAAUGUACCCUUCGUUUGCGAUAGUUAAAUUUCACCAAAAGAAUGAAAACGAAGAAACAAAGAAACUUAUCGCCUAGAAAUGCUUGCUAUUUGAAGUUUACAAUAGACAAACCUGUUUACUUCUCGUCCAUUCUUAAACAUGGAAUAUUUAAAGACUGAGUGAAUAAACAAACCGAUGGUUAAGAACACCAAUAAAAGCUUGCCAAAACAAACGAAUUUAAAAACGAAACAACAAAAACAUCGAAAAAAGGAAAAUACGAAAAACAAAUAUUUGAAUUAUUUCAGUAACGAAAAAGAACAGUCACGACGGAUGGACUCAGGGAGGGAGGGAGGGUGGAAUAUUUUAGGGAAGAAGAGUGGGAUGAGGGAGUGUAGAGUGAAUGACAAGGUAUACGUCGGAUGAAGAGUUACGAGGAAGGAGGGAGGGGAGGGAGCGUGGAUGGAAGGAAGGAAAAGGCGGGGAAAGGAAGGGAUAUAGGGAGAAGAGCGGGGAGUGGAAGGACCCUGGUACUAGGGAAUUAAUUACACCAGCUCCACUACCUUUGUGAAUUUAGUAUGCGCAUGCAGCCUUACCUGAGGAAUAAUGGAAAGGACAUCGAUCGUUUGUACAGCGGGCCAGGCCAGCCGAAGUCACAGACAGCAAGUGGCGAUGUUUAAAACGUAACCUUAAAUUCAUUUUGAGUGCAACAACUCACAACUUAUUUAUCAUGGAAUCACAAUUUUCUAAGGAACAGUUAAGCAGGUUGCUAAGAUACUCGUCAAAGCUCUGUAGCAUUUGAAAUUUAAAACCCAUUAAAGUUUCACUAGUAUUCAUUAGAGACCGAAUAUCAUUACGAUAACUUGUUUUUCUCGUUCAGUUGAAGAUCCUGCCUCUAAGAAGUCGAACCUUUUAAAAAAUCUACCAAGUCGUCAACUUUCGCGUUGGAAGCGCCACGCCAGAAAAAAAAUGAAAGACAGGGUACAUUCAAAAGAACACGCUUACGAAGCCGUGAAUAGUGAAGACUCUGAUUUAUCUGAUAUGGAGGAGGAGGAUGAGGCUACAAUGUCACGGAAAGGAAAAUUUGAACAAACUGAACCUUUGACUGAGCGUCUUAAGAAGCUGAGGCAGAGAAGGUAGAGAAAUAACUUGAAAUAGAAACAAUUACGGUUGAAAUAUAAUUACAGAGAGCGCUAUGUUUCUACGCUGUCAGAGGUCUUUUAGAAAGAUUGUAAACCCUUGUUUUGAUGUUCGCAAACCCCAUGUAGGAUUAAAAAAUUUACUCGUUUAUGAGUGAAGUUUAUUUAGAGAUUAUGUAGACUAAAAUGGUAGUUUCCCAUCCGCUCUUGUUUUGUAGAAGUACCUUGGAUGCAGAUGGAUCGCAAGGACUUUCCACUUGUACAGAGCUGCGACUUCGAAUUUCUAUGGUAAGUUGCUAUUGCACACGUACUGUACCAAGUUGAAGAGGCAGCAUUUAUUCACUGCAAUUAAACCUAGUCUGUUUAAAUGUGUUUUCACAUCCAUUCCUUUUAUGUAGAAGGACUCUAACUUAUUAUCAUUUUUUGCCCUUUUUUACAUAAAUGCAUUUAUUUUUGCAAUAAAAGCUAAUGACUUUGUCAUCCAAAAUGCAAUAGCUAGUGACACAACAUGUUCUACUUAACACAUGUGUGGAAUAUAUUAACAAGAGUAACAGGAAAUGUAAUUACACAAUAUGGAAUAAUGUUUUAGAACCAUAACUAAGAUUUACUGUAUGGUAAGAUUUACUGUAUUUUCUUUCGGCGUUACUUUUGUCGUCACAUUAAUACACCUUAUUCGAUGGUUGAACAUACAAUACGAGCACAUAGUUUGUGAUAGUCUUUUCCCGAGCCCCGAAGGGGCCAGGUAAGGCAAGAGCAAUGAGAAAAAUUUCCGUUCCUAUUAUAUUUUAAACUGUUGAAUAAGGGAUUUCUUAUUAUUUCACAUUUUUGUAUUUUGAUUUAAGUUUGCGAAUUACUUCAGUCUUACGGCUUUAUCUGUGCAUCUUAUUGCGAAAGACUAGAACAACGCGAACGAAACCAUUUUGGAGUUCUUUGUGACCGACCGAAAAAUCUGUAGUGCUUAAAAAUUCGUUUCUUUAAAAGGCAAGCGUAGAAAACGAAAAUUUAAAAAAAAUCAAAAUUUGGAUCUUUCUGUACGACUACUUUUUUGCUCCGUAUUUUUGCCUUGUUUUACAGUGAAAUACUGUGGCAUAUUUUGCGCGCUCUCAGUAACUUGCUUGGCAUAGUAGCCGAAUAUUAUACACUUUGGGUAACUAUUACUAUUACUAGUUGGUUUAUGAAACGCUCCUCGAAGGGAGAGAGUACGAGUCGUAAAUCUUUUCUUGUAAGUCCUUUUGCCAUUGUUUUUCUGAUUAUGAUGAAUGUCGAUAUUUUAAACCUGAAAACGUGUUGUCUGUUUGUUAGACGUUGAAACAAAGUUACGAAACCUGCAAGGAAUUCAUAAACUCUUAUGAGUUAUGGAGAGGACACUUCAAGGAAAUAGAAGGUGUGUUUACCAGUCCAUCUUCUUGCAUCAUCAAAAAGAUUUCUGGACCUGCAAGACCAUCACUUUAAGCAUUAGUUUCAAUCUGUCUGUUUUUAGUUCUUUCCUAACAGAAUAUUUGAGAUAAGGGAAAUUGUAGGUGAAAAGGAGACGGUGCCAUUUUUCGUAAAGGAUUUAAGUCCAAAGCCAUUUUGAAUCGUAUAAAAGAGAAAAAAAACAAAACAAAACAAAAAAAAGUUGUAAUCCGAAACUAAAUCUCCUGCAAAAUUAUAUCCCACAAGGAUACAAUGACGGGUACAAUACUGAAUUUUGUUAAUUAAGAGGUUUUUUUGUGUUAUUUUACAGGAUCAUUCGGAAAUGGUGUUCUAUCAUAUUUCACAUUUCUCAAGUGGCUCCUUUGGUUAAACAUUUACGUCUUCAUUCUUACCUUGUGUUUUGUGAUCAUUCCUCAAGCCCUCAGCUCAGGAGAGGAACUCCCGUUGACAAUAACUGCGCAGAACGCGUCUGCUUUUACUUCAAACUCCUCAAGUUCGUCCACGGUUGUUCCAGCUAAUGUAACAGCAUCUUCACUAGCAAGGAAGAAGAGGGAAGUUUUGCUCAACAAAAGCGAGGAAGAAGAUAAUGAUCUAAAGUGUAAUUUGGUGAAACCGUAUAACUAUUCCUCGUAUACAAACAAGCCUUUUCCGCAGCUUCUGUCUGACUUCAUUUCCGGCAUCGUAAGUAUAGGAGGGACUCCUUAUUUAAAACAACGAGGAAGGCGCAAUGGCCUUACGGUUUGUGCACUAGACUCCGGGUCGAGACCUGGCUUCGGGCAAAACAUCAACACUUACUUUCACAGUGACCCUCUCCACCCAAGAGUACAAAUGGGUGCUAGUAAAUUGUUAGGGAAGCCUGAUGAAAUGCAAGGGGAUAACCUUGCGAUGGACUAGCAUCCCAUCUAGGGGGAGGUAGUGAUAGUCCUGGUCGCUGCAUGUUACAUGCUAUCCGGAAUAAGCUCCGCCUGAUUGUGGUACUGGGUUCUAGUGCAAACUUUGCCUUUUAACCUAUUCUAAACAACAGAGCAAUUGAAUUUGUGUUUAAAGCAGCCAUUUUGAAUUAAAAACUCAUUUUCACUAAGUAAGGAUUCAAGAACAAUUUAAUUGCUCGUUGUAGUCGCUUAUGUCCAGAAAUGCACGCAGUAACAAAAAUGGCUGAUUUGGCGAAAUUUCGUCAAACUGAGUGAUUGUUCAUGGAUUUUACGAUUUUGGCGAAUUCUAUUCCAAUUCGUCCAAGCGAAAUCAGCCUGGCGGAAUUGAAGAGUUUUCGGCAUUUUCGUUACUGCAUGCAUUUCUGAACAUACUCGUUUUAGUAAGAAAUUCGAUGAAUUUAAAACGAUCCCUCGUACAUGUGAAUUACAAACUAGCAAACACAGCUAUUACUUGUAUCCAUAUUAAAAUUGCUCAAAGAGAUUUUCUUUCUUUCCUCUGUAGGGAUGGAUAAACACAACGUACAUGUUUUAUGGAAGCUACUCUAAUAACGUCUUGGUCAUAGGAAGUAAAAAAACUUUCUACAACAUGCCGCUCGCUUAUUUUGUAGUUGGCUGCGUUUGCUUUGCGGUGAUUCUGCUCUCUAUAUUAUGGAGGUAAGGGUUGGUUUAGUCUUAACCCUUUACGUCCCACAUGAGAAGGCAUAUUCUCCAUAAUGGGCACCAUACAAUUUCUGAGGAACUGACAAGGAGAAUUUGUUUAACAAUCAAGAGCUUCUUUAGUUGGUGAUCAUUUCCUUUAUUCUCAUGACCUUAAUGUGUGAUUCAGGGUGAUAUUGUAGGGAGAAAUUAAAUACUAGUCACUCUGAGGGGUCAAGGAUGGAUACUGUCAAAAGUUAUUCAACUGGUCUACACCUUCCUUCUUGCUUGCUUAUUUUUAAGUGAGCAGAGGUGGAAAAAUUCAUUUCCUUAUCGUCUUUCAGAAGGGCGGAGUCACUUCAGUCGGCCGUCUCUCUGACGUUCAUUUCCCUAACUAGCUCUGUAUGUUAAUCUAUUAGCCGCCGUUGUGUCCUCAUGAAACGGAAACGAUGUAUAUAAUUGUAAACAAAAACUUUACUCGAUUAAGGGGGAUCUAAGGGUGUAGCUAGUGGAGAGAGGUCCAGGGAUGCCCGUAAAGACCCCCCUCCUUUGUAAGCCUUUUUUUAUGCAAACAACCUACAAUAUUCAAGUGGCGAAAACUGGUGAAUACUUUCUCUUUGAAACAGUGCGAACCUCCUCCCUCCCUUUAAAAAAACCUGGCUACGCCUCUAGGGUUCUUUGGUCUAAAGAGGGUUUACAAAGGAGAGUUUCCGGUAUAUGUUGUUUCUUGAGACAAUUUAAGUAAAGGUUUAACCUUAAGAAAGCUGUCACUGCGUUUAUGUUUCCAGUGCUUCGCAGAUAUUUGAGGAAAGCUACGUGAAGGAAGGCAGUAAAUAUUACCACACUUACUCUAAUAAAGUGUUUGGUGGAUGGGAUAUGUGUAUUGAGGAACAAGCUGCCGCAAAGCUCCAGAUUAUGAGAUUCGUUAAAGACAUCGAGGUGAGGCUUCCCUCUUAAUCGCCGCUAAUUCAACCUUUUAUCAGGUUGUUUUCAGUUAAGUAUUGUAUAGCAAAUGAUAAAAAUGUAUCAAUAUUGGAGGGCAAUGAGGAAUUUUUAGGCAUAAGGCAAGCAAUUAUUGUCUGUGAAUUGCGCAUCGUUUGCCAUAGUUGUGAUUCGUGUGAUACUUUAGUCGACUCGAAAACAUAACAUAAUGAACGGUGUUCACAGGCAUCGAGUAUCCAGAGUUGAGCUGACUCUCGUUUAUCCUUGUUUCUCGGUUCUCGGUCCUCGGUUCUCGAUUCUCGAUUCUCGUUUCUCGUUUUUUUUGUUUCUCGACUCUCCACCCUUCAUUCUCGUUUCUCGUUUCUCACUUCUCGCUUCUCCAUUCUCGACUCUCGACUCUCGAUUACCGAUUACCGAUUAUAUUACCGAUUACCGAUUACCGAUUACCGAUUACCGAUUCUCGAUUACCGAUUCUCGAUUACCGGUUCCCGACACGCGACACGCGACACGCGGCACGCGACACUCGACGAUUGAAUUAAGUACUUUAUUUGUAUUUGAGUCUACUCAAACUGAACAAACUUAUUUUUCUUUUCCAAAAAUUCACUUUGUUACGUCUUCACAAUUUUUUUUCAGGCCAGUAUAGCAGAAGACCUCAGACUCGCAACUUUGGCCAACAGAACUAAGAAGGAGAAAUACAAAUUGUACGCAAUACGAUUCAUGGUGAAUCUUAUGGUGCUCGGACUCUCAGUUCUGUCAGCUUAUUUGAUUUUCAUGGCUUCUCAGGUGUCUAUAGAGGUAAGAUGCGGUGUUUCACAUUUUUUGCUGUGCGUGUUAGCAAUAUCCAUAACAAUAUAGAUCCGUGUUUUUUUGCGCCUCAUGGGCUGAUAAUUUUUGAAAGCCAGUUGAGGCCGUGUUGCACUUGGCAAGUCUUUCCUUUUUUUUCUCAAUUUCUAGUGUUGCAGCUCCAAUUUGCUUCUUAAAUGUGAUCGCACAGAUUGUUUGGAAACACCCUGUAAGAAAUAUUUUAUGGGCGGUAGGCAGCUGCUAGAGGACUUAGAGCGCUGCUUCAAUUAUGGGAGUUAAGAAGUCUUAAUUCCUUUUAUUGUCAUGUUUGUUUCCUGUUAUACUCAUUAGCGAGAGUAGACGCAAAUUUUUCACCUCUUUUAUUUUGGUUACUUGGCACAGACUUCCCAAGAUAAUGCUAAUAUCAAGGCGUCGCUUAUGACCGAUUUCAUACAGUUGGGGAAGAGUUACGCUUCACCAAUCACCCUCUCCGCCUUGGGAUUUAUCGUUCCUUCUAUCUUUUUCUUCUUCUCUGGCUUGGAGGAUUGGAACCCACGAGUCCGAGUCAACGUGGACUUGGCUAGGUAUGUGGUGUAUGCUUCCCACAAUGUUUGAUAAAUUUAAAACGAAAACGGUAGUUAUCGAAAAGGUAAUUAAUUACUCGAUAUAACAUCUCCACUGUGAUUCAAAUGUUUUUCAGAACGGUUCUCUUAAAGUUGGCCUCGGUCGCAGUUCUUCUUAUCUCUUUGUAUAACAGAAUUAACAAGACCUGUAUGUUGGUAGGUGACUGCACCAUUCAGUUGUAAAUUCCUUAAGGCAGUGUCCUGUCUGUCUAUCUGUCCUUUUGUUCCUUUUGUCUCUUUGUGCGUGUACCUAUCUUUUUGACUAUCUGACUGUCGUCCAGUCUGCCCGUGUAUCUUUCUGUCCGUCUCUGUCUUUCUGUCUAUCUGCUUUUAUAUCUGUCCUCUGUCUCUCGAUUUGGUUUGUGUAUCUUUCUGUCUGUUUGUCACUCGAGGGGUGGCUUGUUUUGGCUAACCUUUAACUUUUGCUCUUUUAUGUCCAUUAGUGCUGGGAGAAUGCCAUUGCGGCAGAAAUGUACAAGUUGGUGUGGACCGACUUUUUCGUCACACUGUUGGUUAUAAUUGCUGUUCAAACUCCUCGAAGGUGAUGGACCGUUUUUUCUUGAAAAAUGAUGCAUAUUUUUUUCUCUAAUAGUUAAGAUGUGGUUUUGCAAUUUGGAUCUUGCUUUUAUUUCAGUUUAUUUUCCCCAUGUUUGCCCCCCACCAGUGAUCAAGACAGAAUUUCUCCUCAUAACAUUCAUACAAUAUCAAGCAGACAGGCGAUGAGAAUUAAGAGAGAUAUCACUGUUGGGACUUUUAGUUGAUCCAUGUCAAAUUCCCCAAACAAACGUCAUAAGAUUUGUAUGGCAGAUAGUAAGGAGAAUUUCUCAUGAGAUCCUAAGAAUGAAAAAGUGAAAGGUUUGUUUUCUAGUCCGCUUAACUUCGGUUAGUUUUUCCUCAGGUUAUUUGCUGAUCACGUUAGUUUAGGAUGUGACAUGGGAAGAAAAGUUGGCCGCCCUGAGUUUUUUCUUCCAGUUAACGUGCUUGAACUUGUUUAUAGUCAGGCUCUAAUAUGGUGAGUGUUAAAAACAGUUUGUGGUGUCAAAAUUGAGCAAAAUGUCGACAGCCUUGAUUUAACAUUGAACGCUGUCUGUUGCAGUAAGUGUUCAGAAUUAUUUUAGAGUUACAUUUUUUGGUAGGAUUGGUACGUGGUACAGUCCAUUUCUGCCUCUCAUGGCCAUCAUAAAGCUACCAAUUACUUUCUACGCCAAAAAGGUAAGAUGGCAGACAAUUUUAUCCUCUUUACCGUAGCCUCUUCUAGGCGUUCAGUUUGUAGAACGUAGAGCACAAUAUUAAAGGGCGCGACAUUAGUGGGGAAUCGAAAAUAGGGGAAGGUCUGGGUCGAGUCGGGAAAUGAACUUUACGCAGUGCGACCCUAACCUCCCUCCGCCGCUGCUAUUCCGCCAUAGUCUCAUACCCAGAUCUUUCACAGCCAAGCGGUUAUAAGAUACAGUUUCAAAGUAGGAUCUGGGUACGAGAUUAAUUACGUCAUUUACUAUAACCGCUCUCCGUUUUACUAACUUCACGCCUGGAACAAGCUUUCUUAAUUAUAAACUAGAAUCUUUAAGACUACACUCAGGUGUGUCUUUCGUGUUUUAGUCAAUCAGAUGUAUUGAUAUCACGACGUGAUGACUAAUUCAGUCCUCGGUUCCAAGGAUCGCCGGGAGGGAAGCCCCUUUUGGCACGCCCUCAGAAGACUAUGGGACCGAUUCUUCAGCGUUCACUUUGGUACACGAUAAGGGAGGGGGAUCUCUGUUUAUGAAAUCACCUCUUUGUGUUAUCCCCUGUUCCUACUGAGCAUGCUAUAGGUGUGACCGAGUACCAGGUAGUAUAACUGGGUGGAAAAACUGGGCGGGAAAACGGGGUUCAUAUCACAAAAAUUCUAAAUAAGGGUUUAGACGCCCCUGUCAGAUACCUUGAUCAAUAAUCAAGUGAAAAAUUCUGCAGUUCCGAGAGAUUACCGGACUUAGCGCACGCACCCUAGGCGAAACGAACCAUUUCGAGAUGGUUUUAAACAGCUAGUCUCUAUUUCUUUCAGGCGACUGUGUUUUAUAAUUGUAGAGCAGCGGAGAAGGCCUACCGUGCUGGGAGAUCAAACUAUUUUUUCAUGAUUCUGUUGCUCGGGACUUUCCUUCUUUGCCUGGCUGCUGUGGCUUAUGGAGUUACCCAGUAAGAAGCUAAACAUUGUAGAAUCAAAUAUGAAAGUGAAAUGAAGUAGCUCUUUAUUUGUAGAAAUUCGUGUUUUGGCCAAGGUGGACGGAUUGACCGAAAAUUGUUGCAGCAGGUGAUCAGGAAAUUUCAAUGCACUGGUAUUUUUCCACCUCAGAAAAUUGCCAACCCUUUUUCGGAUUUAAGUCUACUGCAAUUUUUACUAACACAACGCUUCACUCAAAAUACGGCUCUUUUGAUAAAGGAAUGAGAAGUCGUUAGCAAUUGUUAACGGGAUGUAUAUAUCUGCUUAGGAUUAUCCAUUCUAUGGACGUUUCGAUUUUUUUCGCAUUGUUUACGUGAAAGCGGUUGCUUGUCGUGUUUUCCUUUAAAAUUUCGAGCGGGAAAUUGGCACGCGGCCGGUCAAAACGGAUUUUUCUUUUUGCGCAUGCCUUACGUUUGACCGCUGUGUUUUCGAUUCAUGACACAAAGGCGACGAUACGCAGUGCCAUUUCAUUGUCCUUUUCAUUAACAUCGGUUUUCCUUUCAUCCUGUUGCACUGAUUAUCAUCCAGAGGUACUAAAAUUUCUCUUGUGUGAUUUCCAUUUCAGAAUUCGUCCGUCAGUAUUGUAUGGGCCAUUUAGGUAAGUUUGCAGUUGUUUUGGUCGGCAGAGCGGCUACGAUCAAUAGGCCAUUUAACAAUUAUGUACCUAGUUGCCAAGCCUUUUAUUUGGAUUGAGGCUGAGUCAACCUUGUUGUGAUGAAGACCAGUAUCUAUUUAGCAUGAUAACAAAGUAAUUUACAUUUGAAAAGCAGCAAGGUUUGUAUCAUGACGAGGUCACCCUUGGCCUCAUUCCUGUUCAAAGGCUUGGCAACCAAGUAUACGACUGUAAAAUGAGUUAUUGCAGAAGUUUUAAACGACUGACAAUUUUUUUAAUGAAUUUUCAGAGGAUUCAAUGAAGUUUAUGACAUCAUUCCUUGGACUGUGUCCAUUCUUCCUACUGGAUUUCGUGACACCUUUCAAAUUCUCGGCUCGCCUGUCUUUCUUGUUGUUCUUGGGGUCAUCAUUUGGUAAGAGCUGGUGACUUUGGUUUUAUAGUGUGUUUCAAGCACUUUUUAGUUUUUGAAUCCCACCUUAAAAUAGAUUUUAGGAUGCUGAUUCUAACAACUGACUCCACUUUAAACGAAGUCUGCUCCUUCGAACAUUUUUAUAACGUCUUUAUUUGGCAGCCGAAUUUUCCAGGCAGUUAGUAUAUCCUUAUGUAAUGCUGAUAAAUAGCUUUUUUAUUUUUUCAGUCUCAGUUUAUACUUCUUCUACGCCAUAGCAAAGGUUUACCGAAGAAUGAUAAGUGGUCUUCGAGAAGAACUUUCCAUGGUAAUAUGUCUCUUCGACUACUGAGGCGCUUACUUCUCCAUCUCGCUAAGAAGAGUUAAGAUUCCUUAGGAUUGUGAUACCGAGUAGAAAACCUGAUAAUUCAAUUAUGUAGACACUGUAUGUGAACCUCUUCUACAGGUGAAAACUCUUCGAAUAGCAGAAGGUGAAAUAAGGCUCUAAUUUAAGGGGAAGUUUCCAUGAAAUUUUUACAAAUGUCUUGCUUGGUGGAGUGGAGUAUUUUGCAGAAAUGCUAUUUAAAUUUUCAGGAAAAACCCGUUUUCGAACAUCAUGCUAUCACUUACUAUGCAGAGUAACGGCUUCUAUUAGAAUUUUUAGGCUGCAAAACAGUUCUCACUGGUACGAAACCAUAAGUUACAAGGUGAUGUCUAUUUCAAAGGAACACAGUUCUAUUUUUUAUGUAGGAAUGUUUAUUUCAGUUGAAAUUCGUAUGCUAAAGAUUUUUAUUACUCUAUCCUCAAGGAAUCCAGAGAUAAAAAGUAUCUUCUACAGCUGUUCGCGAGUCAAUCGGAAGAAAAGAGCUGAAGAACAGUGAUGACAUCGUUUCAACGUCGUGACGUCAUUUUCCAGAAGAUUGGACGCAUAAAACUUAAUGCGCAGAUCACAUUUGCAAUAUUUUUGUAAUUCUUAGGUGAAAGGAAUGGUUGUAGUUUC